AUGUCCUCUCACGCGCUCUUUCAAGCAGCCCAAAUCAUCCCCAUGAACUCCCACAUAUCCCCUAAAAACGUUCCCAAACUACCCCUGCUUCGCAACCGUCGCCGCCUCUUGAUUCUUCGAUCGUCGUCCGCCUCCCCCGCCGAUGUCGACAGUGAUACUUCAUCGACGUCUUCGCUGUUUGAGAGAUGUUUCGCCGCACCGUCUGCUCCUUCUGUUUCGGGUAAUGUUAAUCCGGUUAUGAAAGGAGGGAAGUACGGUGCGUUUGGGGCUGUUACGCUUGAGAAAUCCAAACUUGAGUUGUCGCACCAGCAGACUAAUAAGUCUUCCCCUGAGCUAGCCACUGGGGGUGGUGGUGGAGAUAUUGGAAAGAUAAUCAGUUAUGGUGGUGGUGAUGGAGGUGACGACGAUGGCGACGAUGACGACUACUUUGAUGACUUUGAUGAUGGUGAUGAGGGAGAUGAGGGUGGUAUGUUUAGAAGACGCAUAAUUCUUCAAGAGCUAUUUGACCGUAAAUUUGUGGAUGCCGUGUUGAGUGAAUGGCAAAGGACUAUUAUGGAUUUGCCCGCUGGAUUUCGGCAAGCUUAUGAAAUGGGCUUGGUUAGCUCAGCCCAGAUGGUGAAGUUCUUAGCAAUGAAUGCCAGGCCAACUGCCAGUAGGCUUAUAUCCAGAAAACUACCUCAAGGACUAUCAAGGGCUUUCAUUGGCAGGUUGCUUGCAGAUCCUGCUUUCAUGUAUAGAUUUCUAUUAGAGGAAGUUGCUACAAUAGGCUGUUCCGUGUGGUGGGAGAUUAAAAAUCGGAAAGAUAGGAUAAAGCAAGAGUGGGAUCUUGCACUUAUCAACGUGCUGACCGCAGCAGCAUGCAAUGCCAAGCUUCCAAACAACAUAUUUGAAAUGAGCUAUCCUCUUAGGGAAUUCGACCUACAAAAAAGAAUUCAAGCCUUUUUGUUCAAGGCUGCUGAGUUGUGCAUGGUUGGUUUAGGCACGGGCGCAGUACAAGGUGCAUUGUCAAGCACUUUGGCUAAGAAGAAGGAAGGAAGAUUAUCUGUGACUGUCCCAACUGCGAGCAGCAAUGCACUUGGUUAUGGUGCUUUUCUUGGAAUCUAUGCUAACCUGAGAUAUCAACUGCUCUGCGGAUUUGAUAGAGCAAUGGUCAGUCAUUUUGAUGUUAUUGGAGUCGCAUUGUUCUUCGGCACAGCUCUCAGGGUCUUGAACGUUCAAUUAGGAGAGACUUCCAAGCGUGCCUGGCUUGGAGUUGAGGCAGAUCCACUGGCUCAGUCAGAUGAGCUCUUGAAGGUUUACAACAGGACUUCUGAAAAUGUAGGAAAGCCGUCAUCAUCUAAAUGGUUUAUAUCAAAGAAUGCAGUUGUUUCUGGGCUUGGGCUCUUGGGCAUCAAGCAAAGCAAUGCAGACGGGUCUGGGGAACCAUCAGCUCCUAAAGCUCGUCGAAAAAGGAUUGUGCGGAAGAAGGUUGCUGCAGGAUCUGCUUAG